AGCCCUCUGCUGAGGGAACGAACGCACUGUGCUCCCAGGUCAGGGAAACAUGUCCCGUCGGAAACAGACCACUCCUAACAAAGUUCACUCCUGCUGUGUAUCUGGAGGGCCCAGAAUUGCCAUGCAGUGCACUGGUGAAUGACGAGGAAAAUCGGAGAGAGCAUCAUCUCCAAGAUCUGGGUGAGCCAGCAGAAUGAGGAAUCAGGCUGAGACAUAGCAGGCACGUUACUGAAACUUCUUGAGACUGAAAUUGUUGGGAGGAGAGGAAUAAAAGGGACAGCAGUAACCGCUACAGCAGUGUGGACAACCCAGAAUAGCGAUGGGGCAGGUGGAUUAGAUCCACAGUGGUGGACAGACUUGCAAAUUUCAGGUCCAGGAAAGGAACACAGAGAAGACCUACAUGAAAAGGAAGUUAAAUUGAUGUACAAGGAGGGAGUAAAGUGGCUCAUCUCUGAGAGGCUUUUCUGUUUAGGAAGGAAGACAGGGGAAUGAUGCAGUUUAUUCUGAUUUUUGUUUUGUGGAUUUUGGAGUGAGGUUGUUUGUUUAUGUGUUUAUUUUCCAGAACACCUGAGAGUUAUCCUGCAUUCACACAGUUCAAGAAGGGAAGGGCUAAGGAAAAUAAUCAUUUCUGGCUGCCAAGCUGAUACACCAUCAGAUCGUAGCAGUCAUAACUGCCCCUGUUGCACAGUACCACAGGGCUGGCCCCUACCUCCACAGCUGCUCUCCUGGCAUCCCACUCAUUUGCAAGAUUAUGGAGAGGAGAACUGGAAAGCAAAACAGAGGCAGUUGUUUGACUCUCACUGUUCUACAUCGCUAGCUGCUUGUGAAACAAAUGCAGCAACUUGUUUUGGUGUUGUGGUCAGCCUACAGCCCUUUCUGUAUUUAAUAAAGAAACUUCUGGAGAAGAGUCUGUGAAUUCAAUAUUGAGCAUAAUGUCCUUUACUGAUAGUGGUGAUCCUAAAGCUGUUGCCUGUCUUACUCCCUUUCUACAGAAAUGCAAAUGUAUUCAAAAUGGGAUGGAGGUGGGAGUGUAUUUGUACGUGAGUGUGUGUGUGUAGACAAUAAAAACAUAACCCUGUACCUAUCAAACAUUAAAGUUCCAAAGCUUCCCUGAUGUAGGACUUAGUCUGGCAGUAGAUGAACUGAGCACUCUUUCCCAAGUUCUUCCAGAAACGCUAUUAGUAGAAUAAGAAAUUUGGUAUAAGCAAAGUGUAGAGUUUUUAAAAGUUUAUUUUUUCCACUUCCAUGAUGCCUUUUAGAUACAAGCUUAAUGGUUUGCAUUUCUGGCUGUAAGCUAAUGGAUGAUUCUCCACACUGCACCGUAUCAGUGCUCAUGUGGUUGUGUGUAUGUUAUACCGAAAGGCCUCUGGCAGACGUGAUUGCUCUGCUGGUUGUUGUGAUUGGUGUUAGAAGUAGAAUCACACAAUCUCCGAAUGGUUUGGGUUGAAAAGGAUCUAAGUGAUGAUGAAGUUCCAACCCCUGCUGCAGGCUGGGCUGCCAGCUGUUAGACAAGCUCUAGGUCAGUUGCCCAGGGCCCCAUCCAGUCUGGCCUUGAGGACCUCCAGGGGAUGGGGCAUGCACAGCCCCUCCGGACAUCUUCGGAAACUUCUGAAGGGCUUUGCAAUCUUCCAUAAAUUAAAGCAAUGUUGGAAAUUUUGAGCUAAGCACCAGAAAGGCAGUAUGUAUAUAAAUAUGGGGCAAAGCUGGCUAAAGCAGUUCAGCAUGUGAGAUGCACCUGUCCCUGUAGCAGGACUGGUGCUGUCUCUCUGGGUUAUGAGUGCAGUUCCCUGUACUGAUGCCAGUUGUGGCCCUAUACUAGACGGUGCAAUACUUUUUUGAAAGCUGCACUCUGACCUUCUUUGCACUGCAUCUUAAAUAGUAUUUCUGCAUUUGCAUUUUGAGUAGUUCCUGUGAACUUAGAAAUGUUGAUCCAAAAGCUAUAGCUGUUUGGGAAUUACCACCUUGCCCCAAGUGCUUGUAGCUCAUCCACUGCUAAAAGCAAAUCUUCACUACCUGUAGAACAAAGUCAUUUGUUUGUUUGUUUUAAUGUGAAAAUUAGUGGUUGACUUCUGUAGUUACUCCCUGGAAUUGGAAACCUUGCAGAGACUGCUGUAGGGAAGUUUUCUUUCAGAGGAACUCAGAUAAUUGCCUUCUUUCAAUAUGUUUUUUGUUGCCUGUUCUCAUGUUGAGUCGAGAUACAAAUAGUUAAAAAGAGAAAACCAGACUGUAUUCAGAAUUUAGUUUAACCUAAUGUGGGAAUCAUGCAAGCACUAAUGUCUGUGCCUUUCCAGAUCCUAAUAUGACUGGUUGACCCUGAUAUAAUUAGUAUGAAUAUCCUGUUGCAGUACUGUCGUGCUGCUUGUAAUAGCUUCUAAAUGAUUUAGAAGAGCCAGCCAUGUAGCACCACGUCUGAUUUGGGAUACAGUCAUCACCCCUGCAUGGCUUUUCCCCACCUACAGCUGUGCUAUCACUGUUGACAGAUUGGCUGUCUGGUAAAAGUGGAAGCCAUGUGAGCACAUGUGACAGAUGUGAAGCCUUGGAGGUUUUUUAAUGCGACCAGAGUGGUGUAUAAAGUGUUUGCAGAGAGCAGCCUGACACCACACACAUCCGCUAGCGAGAUAUGGGGACUAGACUUGUGUUAGCAGGUACAGGAGGCUGGAGUUACAGGGCAGGGAAGCACAGAGGUUGUUUAAAUGCUUUCAGAGAGGUGACUUCAGAGGGUCUACAUGUUGCAGGUGAGCAACCCCACACCUGUUGCAUUUCUGGCAAGCUUUUGUGAAAUAAUGGAACAGCACCAAUCUGACUUUUUGUCCUUGUGGCUGCCAGGGGAGCAAGUCUUUGCAGGGCUGGAGGAGCAAGCCCGCCAAGCCAUGAUGAAAAACAGCUUUCCUGGAGCUCUUGGGGACCAAAGGCCAGCUAUUCAUCCGUUGCAAGACCGUGAUUUCAGCAGCAGUGGCAGUGAUGAUGAGGAAACCACCCAUGAUGAAGUUUCUUCCCAUACUUCAGAGGAGGAUGGCUCAAUGCUAAAGGUGAAGAAAGAACUGGAGCAUGCAGAACAACCUGCAGCUGGAACCCCGCUGAUGAGAGAAAAUGAGGUUCCUGAGAGCUUGAAUGCUGACUCCAUGCUGGGACUGUCAAAGUGUCCCCUCUGCCAGCUGGAGUAUGAAAGCAGAGAGCAGCUCAUUGCUCAUGUAUACCAGCACACCGCAGCCGUGGUGAGCGCCAAGAGCUAUAUGUGUCCUGUAUGUGGAAGAGCCCUCAGCUCACCAGGUUCCCUUGGGCGACACCUCCUGAUCCACUCAGAGGACCAGCUGUCAAACUGUGCAGUGUGUGGAGCACGCUUCACCAGCCACGCCACAUUCAACAGUGAGAAGCUGACGGAGGUGCUCAGUGCAGAUCGCCUGCCUGUGCCACAGAGCGAGGGCCCCUCCAGUGUCAGAGGGAAGGACAUUACCUUUCACAGCCCUGUGUAUCCUGCAGGCAUCCUCCUAGUGUGCAACAACUGUGCUGCUUAUCGUAAGCUGCUGGAGGCACAGACACCUGGCAUGCGAAAGUGGGCGCUUCGUCGGCAGAACGAGCCCUUGGAAGUGCGUCUGCAGCGUUUGGAGCGGGAGCGCACCGCCAAGAAGAGCCGGCGGGACAAUGAGACUCCCGAGGAGCGGGAAGUGAGACGUAUGCGGGAUCGAGAGGCAAAGCGCCUGCAGCGCAUGCAGGAGACAGAUGAACAGCGGGCGCGGCGGCUGCAGCGAGACCGAGAAGCCAUGCGGCUGAAACGUGCCAAUGAAACUCCAGAGAAGCGACAGGCCCGGCUGAUCCGGGAGCGUGAGGCCAAGAGGUUGAAGCGGCGACUGGAGAAAAUGGACAUGAUGCUGCGGGCACAGUUUGGCCAGGACCCCUCUGCAAUGGCAGCUUUGGCAGCUGAAAUGAACUUUUUCCAGCUGCCAGUGGGCAACGUGGAGCUGGAGAGCCAACUGCUGGGCAAAAUGACUUUUGAGGAGCAGAGCAACAGUACUCUGCAUUGAGCUGCAGCCAGAGACUGCCAUCUCUGCUGUGUCUGUCACAGGCAAACCAACAGGCUUCCGUGUUCAGGGGGCUGCUAUGGCUCCCCGGAUGUCACUCCUGCAUAGGUAGUUCUGGCUUCCUCCUGAAACAGGAGGAGAAUGGAGCUGAUUGAUAUCUGUCUGGGGCUACAGUCUGAGGGUCAACCACCACAUUCGAACAGUGGGAAAAUAAAUUAAUGUUUCAUGUUUA